AUUUUAUUACAGCGAGAGAAAAUUAGAAGCUUUGAUCUAUUAUUCGCUUAACGACCCGCUACUCUUGCGGUAGAGUAAAGUGGGCGCAGCAUGCAAAUACAACUUAACCGAACGGAGUAAAUUUCAGAUAUGUAAUGUUGGUCUUUAAUACAUUUAUAUUGUACAAUGGCAGAAUGUGAUGAGCUAAGUAAUAGCAACAUGUCAGGUUUACCUGUAAAUGAUGCUCAAAGUGAACUGGCCAAACAGGCCUGGCAGGAAUUUAAUAAACAACAAUAUGACAACUGUAUCAAUAUACUAAAUAAAUUAUUGGUCAACCGAUCUACGGACUCAAAAGUUAUUCACAACAAAGCAGUAGCAGAAUUCUAUCAGUCCAAGUUUACCAAAGUCUCAGAAUUUAAACAGAGUCUUGCCACAGUUUGCCAACUUGAACACAUCAAUAUAGAUAGCCUCAGUAAUUUAGAUGAUGUUGACCACAGUGCUGUUCUUUACAACCAAGCUGUUGUACUUUAUCAUCACAGACAGUAUAAAGCAGCUUUGUCCAUCAUGGACAAACUGUUUCAUUAUGUUGAACCUCUUGAGGAAAACCUUACACGGAAAUGCUUGUUUUUGCUUGUUGAGCUUUAUCUUCAAACUCACCAGCCUGAGAAGGCAAUGGGAAUGUUAUCCUAUAUAGAGAAACUUCUUCUUCAUGUUACCAAAUGCAAUAACAGCCCCUCAGGAGACAAAGUAGAUAAAAAUGAAAGCCUUGACAGUUCUGUCGCAAGUGAAUUAGGGACCUCAGAACUGUAUCGGCCAAAAAUUAGUUUGUAUAAAACCCGAUGUCUGAUAAUGAUGAAGUCAUUAAAAGCAUGCAAACGAGAAAUCAAAGUAUUGAUGAGUAGCCAAGCAACUAACCCUUCUGUAGUAUAUUUGAAAAGCAAUUUUGAAUACCUGCGAGGCAGUUCACGUAAAGUAAUAAAGAUGCUGGGAACUGUACCCCAAAACACAGUCAUCUCAGAGUCUGGGAAUUGCUUGCCUGUCAUGUAUUACAAUAACCUUGGCUGUAUCCAUUUCAACACACGGAAGCACCAUCUGGGAGCAUUUUACUUCCGUAAAGCAGUGGCAGAAAAUGAAAGUGCUGUAAAAAAUCUUAAAAAAUCCUGUGAUGAUCCAGCAAAAUGUGGUGCUCCUCUUCAAACUGUUGGAAUGAGUCGGCAUCAUGAACUGUUGUAUAACAUGGGCGUUCAGCUAUUACAUUGCGGAAUGCCUCAAGCUGCAUUUGAUUGUUUAAUUCAAGCUGUCCAAGUUUACCAGAUCAAUCCACGGCUUUGGUUACGUCUUGCUGAGUGUUGUAUAAUGAAUUACCGAGAGAGCAAUGAAGAUGAUAAAAAAUUAAAAAGGCGUAUGGAAGUUAUCCAGGGGUCAGUUGCCAGUGGUGUUCAUCGAAAACUUAUCUUAGGGUCAACUACCAAACAUGUAGCUCCAAGUCAUAAUCCAGCAAUUCCAGCACCAUCUCUAGAAUUUGCUGCCCUGUGUUUGCGAAAUGCUUUGUUAUUACUUCCAGAACAUCCUCAUCAGUCUGAAGUCAAUGAAGAACAUGCUGAAGCAAACAAGUCUGAUAUAUUCCUUGUACCAGCCCCACCUAGUAAUCCUAUGCGUGCAGCAGAAGUGAGCAAUCUCCGGUGUUCAAUUCUGACUGCUAGUGCCUAUGUAUCUCUGUGUCUCAACGACCAUCUUAUUGCUCUAAAUUACACCAACAGUUUACUUUCCCAACCACGUCUUUCUGGAGCACAAAGGUACCUUGCACACUUAUAUGCAUCUGAAGCAUUGGUACAUCUAGACAGAAUAGCUGAUGCCAUCCAACAUCUGAAUCCAGAGUACAGUAAGGAUGUCAGUGUUUGUUCACAGGAACAGAAAUCGGACCAAGAUAAAAAUGACAAAGUGGAUAAAAGUGACCGUGAUCUGGCAGACACUACUGAGACUAAAGGAGCCUUAGUACCAUGGAUGCCUGCAAAACCACAGAAAGCUCAAGCUGUGUUGUUGUACAACCUUGCGGCAACAUUAGCUAUUAGUGGGGAAUAUAGCAAAGCUCUAAAACACCUAGGAGAGAGUAGUCAAUUAAUAUGCCAGCCAUUCCCAGCCCAGAUGUAUUGCCUAAAGCUCUAUCUUGAUCUCAUUGAAGGCCGCCGAGCAACUGCCCAAUACAUCAUUAAAGAGUCCUUUGGUCAUGUGACUCCCAAUAGAGUGGAUAUGUCAAUGAUGAACAAGAAAAGCUUAGCAAGUGACCAAUUACUGCCAUGAGAUCUUGCCCCUGUGAGUGAUUGCUGUGAAAACUUUAAAAACCUGUUCAGUCUUCAGAGGACCUCAGCAUUCUUCGAAUGGCUAUUAUAUGUAUAAUGGCCAUUAGUCUGUACCUUUUUUCUGUGUUUAAAAGGUCACUUGCCAUUCCUGUCUCUUGAAACCCUGUAUUGGGGAACAUCUGAAAAUUGACAGUUUGGGGGCUCUUAGCUGCUGUCUCUGAGAAAUGAACUACAUUCAUUAGAAAGGAAAAAGAAAAAAACACACUAAACUGUUAUUCAUUGUUUGUCUCUUUCUUUCAGUCCAGCAUCUGUAGCACAAUGGAAGUGAGUAGAAUGGAAGCUGAGUAAUUAAUUUCUUUCAUUAUGUCAUACACUCUUUGCUGUGGCACCACCUACAUCUCUCUUCUCUUUUUCAACAUUUCCUAUCUGUCUUCUAACAGAUUCUACCUCUCUCUCUUUCUUUCUCUCUACAAGCAUUUUCAGAAUCUUUUCACUGGAAAUUCACUCUAAUAUAAAAAAUGGAAACAGUUUCAAUUAUUGAUGAAACUGAAUGUCACAUUUUCCCCGCCAUUUUUGAAUGAAUGUUUGUGUGCAGUUAUUAGCUUGGACUGGAAUAAAUUGUUUCAAAGGAAAAAAAAAA